AUGUUGGCCAAGGCCAAGAUCAAGAAAUAUCUUGGUGAAGGUCUUCGAAUGGUGAGAGAUGUGUUCCGUUUUGCAAAAGAAAAUUUUCCAGCAAUCAUCUUUAUUGACGAAAUUGAUGCAAUCGCAACUAAACGAUUUGAUGCCCAGACCGGUGCUGAUAGUGAAGUCCAGAGAGUUUUAUUGAAAUUACUUAACCAAAAGGAUGGUUUUGAUCAGACAACAAAUGUUAAGGUAAUCGAAUUUCCUUUACCAGGUAGAAGACAAAAACGUUUGAUUUUCAUCACAUCUAAAAUGAAUUUGUCAAAGGAGGUCGACUUAGAGGACUAUGUAGCUAGACCAGACAGAAUAUCAGGAACAGAUAUAAACGCCAUCUGCCAAGAAGCAGGUCUAGAAAACGUGUAA